CUGACUUUUGUAAACAAAACAAUUGAAAAAAGUGAUUAUAUAACCAAAUUCAGGCCUUCGAAUUACUCCAACAGCCACUGAAUUCAUAACUACUUAUUUGAUUUUGUUUGAGCUGCUUAUAUUUCAAUUUUAUAUGAAUUUAACUCUUUAAUAAAAUAGAAAUCUAAAUUGGAGGAAGAGAGAGUGAGCAUGAGGGAAGUGAGAGUGGAAGAUUUGGUGGGAAGUGGGCUUACACUUGAAGAAGCGAGAGAUUUGGAGCAACAGCUCAAAAAUGUUAGCAGAAUUGGCGGCGGAGCAGUUGAGGUGUGGGCUCGGAUCACGGCUGCUAAGCUGUUGAAGCCAUGGCAUCCGCAUGCCCUCCACCAGCUUAUCUACUACUCUAUCUACCGCCACCACGAUCAAUCCAUCCAUGGCCCUUCUCUCUACUGGUUUCCCUCUCUAUCCCAGGCAAAAUGUACAAACUUGGGGAGACUUAUGGAGGCUCACGGUCCUCUCGCGUUAGGGAAAUUAUACAAGGACCCCAUCACGAGCUUCAGACACUUCCAUCGCUUCUCGGUGAAUCAUCCCGAGAUAUACUGGCAAUUUAUACUCGAUGAGCUAUCUGUUCAAUUUUCUGUGCCACCGAGAUGCAUUCUUGAUUUAUCCGACAAGACUAAGCAUGGUGGGACGUGGCUGCCUGGUGCGGUGCUCAAUAUAGCCGACUGCUGUCUGCAAUCAAGCACUUACCAUAAGAAGCAUGAUGACAGCUUAGCAAUUAUAUGGAGGCAGGAAGGUCGUGAUGAUCAUGAUGUCGAGAGAAUGACACUAAAGGAGCUCCGUGAACAAGUGAUGUUGGUAGCAAAUGCACUGGACUUAGAAUUCUGCAAGGGAGAUGCUAUUGCCAUUGACAUGCCCAUGACCAAUAUUGCGGUCAUCAUAUAUCUAGCAGUUAUACUUGCUGGACUAGUAGUCGUGUCAAUUGCCGACAGCUUUGCACCUAAGGAAAUUGCAACGCGCUUACGUGUAUCAAAGACAAGAGCAGUUUUCACUCAGGAUUUCAUCUUACGAGGGGGACGGAGGUUUCCAUUGUACAGUCGUGUAGUAGAAGCAGGCCCAGAAAGAGUGAUCGUCAUCCCUGCAUCUGGAGAAGAUAUAGGUGUUCAGUUGAGAAGCCAAGACUCGUCUUGGAAAACUUUUCUUUCAAAUGCAUAUGCCCUACCAAGAUGGAACUAUUAUAAACCAGUUCACCAGCCCAUCGAUGCUGUCACAAAUAUCUUGUUUUCAUCGGGCACCACAGGAGAGCCAAAAGCUAUACCAUGGACUCACCUUUCUCCAAUCCGUUGUGCUACUGAUUCAUGGACACAUCUCGAUGUUCAAAGUGGGGAUAUUGUUUGCUGGCCUACAAAUCUAGGAUGGGUUAUGGGUCCUAUUUUACUCUAUUCCUGCUUUCUAACCGGUGCAAGUCUAGCUCUCUAUCAGGGUUCUCCUUUAGGCCGUGGUUUCGGAAAAUUUGUCCAGGAUGCUGGAGUAACUGUUUUAGGAACUGUUCCGAGCUUAGUAAAGACAUGGAAGAGUACAAAUUGUAUGGAAGGCAUAGACUGGACAAAGAUAAAGUCGUUUGGUUCUACCGGAGAAACCUCCAGCAUUGAUGAUGACCUCUGGCUCUCCUCAAGGGCAUUUUAUAAGCCUGUUAUCGAAUGUUGUGGAGGCACCGAGCUUGCAUCAUGCUAUAUCUAUGGAAACCUCAUGCAACCCCAGGCUUUUGGAGCGUUUAGCUCCGCUGCAAUGGGUGCUGGCUUUGUCAUACUGGAUGAAAAUGGAACCCCUUAUCCCGACGAUGAGCCUUGUGUUGGUGAAGUGGGCAUAUUUCCUCUUCACAUGGGUGCAUCUGAUAGGCUGUUGAAUGCUGAUCAUGAAGAGGUUUACUUCAAGGGUAUGCCUAUGUACAAAGGAAGGCAACUUAGGAGACAUGGAGAUGUCCUGAAGAGAAGCGUUGGCGGAUAUUACACGGUGCAGGGAAGAGCUGAUGACACCAUGAACCUUGGAGGCAUCAAGACGAGUUCAGUUGAAAUUGAGCGUAUCUGUGACCGGGCCCACGAGGGAGUGCUGGAAACUGCUGCGAUCAGCGUUGCACCGGCAAAUGGAGGGCCAGAGCAGUUGUCUAUCUUUGUUGUGCUCAAGAAUGGAUUGGACAUCAAACCAGAUGAACUGAGGUUGAAAUUCUCAAAGGCCAUUCAGACGAAUCUCAACCCUUUGUUUAAGGUGAGCUCUGUUAAGAUCUUGCCGGAAUUUCCUCGUACAGCAUCGAAUAAACUGAUGCGGAGAGUGUUGAGAGAUCAAUUGAAGGAGCUUCUGCUGCAGAGUAGAAUUUAAUGUCUACAGAAAAAUUUCGAGCAAAUUUCUAUUGCGAGUGUAUUGUUUAAAGGUGUUUUGAUUUGUAAUAAUUAUUCAAAGUAAAAUACAGAUAUAAGGAUCUUACUGAAAUAUAAAAUCUGUUAACUUUUGAGUACUAAA